CUGGUCAUACUGCAAUUUCAGCUCAAUCGCUGGGCGUUUCACAUAUUUAGGGAAAAACAAAACAAGAUAACACCCCCAAGGAUAAUACAAUGCUCGUCCUGGUACUCGGGGAUCUGCACAUCCCGCAUCGCUGCAGCAGCCUGCCCUACAAGUUCAAGAAGCUGCUGGUGCCGGGACGGAUCCACCACAUACUGGCCACCGGCAACAUCUGCACAAAAGAGUCCUACGACUAUCUGAAAUCGCUGGCCAACGAUGUGCACAUAGUGCGCGGUGACUUUGACGAGAAUCUCAGCUAUCCGGAGCAGAAGGUGGUGACAGUGGGCCAAUUCCGCAUCGGCCUGUGCCAUGGCCAUCAGGUGGUGCCGCGCGGCGAUCCAGAAGCACUGGCGCUGAUUCAACGCCAGCUGGAUGUGGACAUACUGAUAACGGGACACACGUACAAGUUCGAGGCGUACGAGCACGGCAACAAGUUCUACAUCAAUCCAGGCUCGGCAACGGGCGCCUUCAAUCCGCUGGACAUGAACGUGGUGCCCUCUUUCGUGCUGAUGGACAUCCAAAGCACGACGGUGGUGACGUACGUCUAUCAGCUAAUUGGCGACGAGGUCAAAGUGGAGCGAAUCGAGUACAAGAAGAUAUAGGAUCAAAAGUAUUAACAGCCAUUCCUAGCCCCCUAAUCUACCACCCACAGAUCCAGGCUUUAAUAAUUGAAUUGUAAAUGUAAUUCUAGUAGAAAUAAAACGCUUUCAAUUUCUCCUUUUUUUUAUUUGAU